ACGGCGUCGCGCUGGGGUCGCCGCGCUGGGGCGGAGCCGUGGUGGGGUUGGGAAGCUGCGGCGCGGCCCGAGGCUGUCCCCGAUGGAGCAGUACCGCAUCCUGGGCCGCAUCGGGGAGGGCGCCCACGGCGUCGUCUUCAAGGCCAAGCACGCGGAGACUGGCGAGAUAGUUGCCCUCAAGAAGGUGGCCCUGCGGCGGCUGGAGGACGGCAUUCCCAAGCAGGCCCUGCGGGAGAUCAAGGCUCUUCGGGAGGUCGAGGACAGUCAGUAUGUGGUAGAGCUGAAGGCUGUGUUCCCACAUGGCGCAGGCUUCGUGCUGGCCUUUGAGUUUAUGCUGUCAGAUCUAGCUGAGGUGGUGCGCCAUGCUGAGAGGCCGCUGGCCCAGGCACAGGUCAAGAGCUACCUGCAGAUGCUGCUGAAGGGCGUCGCCUUCUGCCAUGCCAGCAAUAUUGUGCAUCGGGACCUGAAACCUGCCAACCUGCUCAUCAGCGCCUCAGGCCAGCUCAAGAUAGCAGAUUUUGGCCUGGCCCGGGUCUUCUCCUCAGACGGCAGCCGCCUCUACACACACCAGGUGGCCACCAGGUGGUACCGAGCCCCCGAGCUCCUGUAUGGUGCCCGCCAGUAUGACCAGGGCGUUGAUCUGUGGGCUGUGGGCUGCAUCAUGGGGGAGCUGUUGAAUGGGUCCCCCCUCUUCCCGGGUGAAAAUGACAUCGAACAGCUUUGCUGUGUGCAUCGCAUCUUGGGUACCCCCAGCCCUCAAGUCUGGCCGGUUUGCAGGGGCCCUUGGAGAUCACUGAGCUGCCCGACUACAACAAGAUCUCCUUUAAGGACAGGGCACCGGUGCCCCUGGAAGAGGUGCUGCCCGACGCCUCUGCUCAGGCCUUGGACCUGCUGGGCCAGUUCCUCCUCUACCCUCCUCGCCAGCGCAUCCCAGCCUCCCAGGCCCUUCUGCAUCAGUACUUCUUCACAGCUCCCCUGCCUGCCCACCCAUCUGAGCUGCCGAUUCCCCAGCGCACAGGGGGACCCGCCCCCAAGGCCCCCCCAGGGCCCCCACACAUCCGUGACUUCGAUGUGGACCGGCCUCUUGAGGAGUCGCUGUUGAAUCCGGAGCUGAUUCGGCCCUUCAUCCUGUAGCAGGGAGAUGCUGGCCCAGGCCCUGACUGCCUCCCUGCCAGGGCCACCGGGCUGCUUGUUCCUCUGCCUCCUGCCUGGCUUGACUUUCCACGGCCUCCCCACAGCCAUACUGGGCCCACUCCACACCUCGCCCUGCUCCUACCGUGUCCUACUCUUCAGCCCUCGUGAGGGCUGGUCUCAAGGAGGCAGAGGUCAUGUUCCCAGCACAUGAGGAUGUCCAGUCCAGCAGAGGAGGCCCGCGGCUUGUACUCAGUUGGCCUCACAUCUGUACACUAGUGACUUGUAAGUCAGAAACAGAUCUCUGCUGCCGUCCAGGGACCACCCUCGGAUAGUGGCCAUGCCGGCCUGUGCUGAUUCUCAAGGCCCUGCGUCCUGGUCAAGGACAUCCCUGUUAGAAACAUCUGGGAGAAGGGUAGAGAGUAAGAUGUCCUCAUGUUGGAAACUCAAGUGGGAAGGAGGAUUUUGGUUUAAUUUUGUUCUAGUUCAGUAUUUGAGAUUUAUUAUAAAAGCCCCAAGUGGCUCUGCCUA